AUGGUGAAGCAGACGAUCCAGAUUUUCGCGAGGGUGAAGCCCACUGUCCGGAAGCACCAACAAGGGAUUUAUUCAAUAGACGAAGAUGAAAAAUUAAUACCUACCUUGGAAAUUAUCGUACCACGUGAUUUGGCAGAUGGAUUUGUAAACAAUAAGCGAGAAAGCUACAAAUUUAAAUUUCAAAGAAUUUUUGAUCAGGCUGCAAAACAAGAGGCCAUUUUUGAAAGCAUUGCCAAACCUGUGGCUGAAAGUCUUACAGGAACUGGAUCAGCCCAGCAAGUCCGAGGUUCCCAAGGCCUUCAGAAUGAGGCACCAGGCCAGAUGAAUAGUAUUUUUUUCCCUCUAGAAGUGGCAUGGUUUUAAACUGUGGCUUAUUUUCAGUGUUUCCAUUUGAUGCUAAUAUUUUUUUCGGACAACAGCUUUUCUCUUAACGAUGUGUUUUACUCACGUAAGCAUGUUUUUCUCCUAAGAGCCCAAACAGUCAUUUUCUUUUUUAUUAAUGGAAUUAUUACCAAGCAGUCUUUGCAGGGUUAUCUUUUGCAUUGCUACAUUAAAGA